CUCGGAGAAGCCUGGCGAUGGCGGCGGUGGAAGGAGUUUCUCCCGAGCCGACGGCUUCGGAGCAAGCGGCCGAGCUGCCCGCGUCGGUGCGGGCGAGCAUAGAGCGGAAGCGGCAGCGGGCGCUGAUGCUGCGCCAGGCCCGGCUGGCGACCCGGCCCUACCCGGCGGCGGCGGGAGCGGCGACCGGAGGCGUGGCUAAUGUAAAGGCGGCCCCCAAAGUGAUUGACACAGGAGGAGGCUUCAUCUUGGAAGAGGAAGAAGAGGAACAUAAAGUUGAAAAAAUUGUCCAUCAACCAGGCCCCGUGAUGGAGUUUGACUAUGUGUUAUGUGAAGAAUGUGGGAAGGAGUUCAUGGAUUCCUACCUCAUGAGCCACUUUGAUUUGGCCACGUGUGACAACUGCAGAGAUGCUGAGGAGAAGCACAAGCUUAUAACCAAAACAGAAGCCAAACAGGAGUACCUUCUCAAAGAUUGUGAUCUAGAAAAAAGAGAACCAGCUCUGAAGUUUAUCGUGAAGAAGAAUCCUCGUCAUUCACAGUGGGGUGACAUGAAACUCUACUUAAAAUUACAGAUUGUGCAGAGGGCGCUGGAAGUCUGGGGCAGCCAGGAAGCACUAGAAGCUGCUAAGGAAGUUCGACAGGAAAACCGAGAAAAAAUGAGACAGAAGAAGUUUGAUAAAAAAGUAAAAGAACUGCGGCGAGCAGUAAGAAGCAGUGUGUGGAAAAGGGAAACAGCUGCUCAUCAACACGAGUAUGGACCUGAAGAACACAUAGAAGACGACAUGUACCGGAAGAGCUGUACUCUCUGUGGCCAUGAACUGAAUUACGAAAAAAUGUGAUUUUUAGGUAUAAUUCUAGAAGAGUGAAUACACUCACAUGACAAGCCUGGUAACUGACAUCAGUGCGAUGUUUUUACUGCAUGGUAUGAUGUGACCUGCUGUCAUUUUGUCUGUGGUGAGCUUUGUUCAAAGGGAAAGCAGCUGCUGCGUGGCCUGCUCACAGACCUGUUUCUAAUUAGCCCUGCUUUGCCUUAAAAGCAGGUCCAACAGUUACCAUCUUCAUCAGAGGUAUUCACUGACUGAGGCCGAUCACUAUUCCACCUUGUGUUUAAACAAGGAUAAGGAGAAACAACAUAAAUAAGAGAAUAUUUUGGUCAAGAACCAGGGUUUUAGCUCUUUCUCUGCUUGUUACUUGCCAGGCAGCCUUAACCUUCAGAAAUCCCUACCUGCUCCAAGAUAAUUUCAGACUAUCAAAAUAUGGAAAAAUCCUUAAAUCAUUAUAAAUUUAUGAUAGGAAAAGAAUAUCAAUAAUAUUAAAGAUUUAAUAGGUAAAGUCUAAAAUCUUUACAUUUGUAUUUUAAGACUACACUCAGCAGGCUCAGAAACUAGUCAUCUGGACCAGGUUCUCCAAAAAUACAACCCACACCUAACUUCAAACAGUUUUAGCCAGUCUGGCCUCACUGUUCCACACCAGCAGGUAACUCACCAUAUGACCUUGGGACUUCCUCUGAGAGGCUCCAAGAAGUGUCAAGAUGCUCCAAGUGUCAAGCCUGGAUCGACCCUUCCCACCAAGUUGUUCACAUUGCACAACUUAAGAUUUCUAGAUGACUUAUUUUCAAGUAAAAUUGGAAGUAGCUGAUAUAUUAAAAAGCAUUUAUACUGCAAGUAGUAUCUUAAGAUAGUAAAAAUGCUUUGAAGAGAAUAUUCUAAGGGAGGGCUAAGUUCAUUUUCAUGAGACACCACCAAUUUCAAAACAGACUGAGAUAAGUCAUGAAAUACCAAAGUUUAAAAAACAUACUUCUAGUUUUAUUUCAGCCAUGUUAGGUUAUCCAUGAGCUGUGAAAAGCUACACUACCUGGUGAUAAACCCAUCAGUUCUCUAGGCUACGUUGUAAGCUUGACCUCUUGUGUUCCACAUACCUCACAUCUGGUGCCUUAAGGAGAAAAUACCAAAUUGAUUACAGAAAAGUUACGUCACCUAUAUAAUACAUAAUGGUCAUCAUCACACUGUCAUCAGGAAAUAUUUGCUGUUUAGGGGCAAUUCAAGUUAAUGUCAUUCCUCAUUCUCUCUCUUCCCCUUUGUUUCCCAUAAGGGGGAAAGGAUACUACAAGAAAGCAAGCAUUUAAACCAGUAAAAAUAAAACAAAUUAUUUUAAAAUACUUAAAAAAUCCUGAUGGGAAAAAAUGGACCAUUAGGCCUGCAGGGCACAGAACUGCUGGAACACGGCAAGGAUAUGAGGGUCUAGCUCAGCGGUGAAGAGCAGGUUCUCCAGGGUCACCAUGUACUGCUGGAUGAUCUGGUGGUGCUGCAGACACAGAGAAGGCCGGAAGACACAGAGUUAGGUCGGAAGUGGCAGAGCACCCUUCAGCAGCCCACACCCACUGCAGGGAGGAGGUUUAAUGGAGAUCAUGCCCAUAGGAAUAGUGGGCUCCAGAGAAGCUUGAUGUCAAGAAAAUACAGGAGGAAGUUAGGCACAUGGAUGUUCAGGGCUGGUUCAGUAGUGAAUCGGCAUCUAGGCAAAUGUAGUUCAUAAUUCAAGUAGCAGCAGUAACACCUGCUUGCUGCUGCUGCAGACUAGAGUCAAGGUCAACUGGGUUCUGCCCUAUACAUUAACACCACUACUCCACCAACAAAAAGCCAGGUAGACAGGAAUGGACAUAGGAAGAGAAAAAAAUGCCAGAAAAUGGACUGUUCUUUUAUUAGGUGCUCCUCUACAGACCCAAAUACACUUGGAGAUUGCAGUGCCAGCUUAUUUUACAUGGACAACUAAGGGAUGGGUGUUUGGCGUGAUCCUUAAGUUGCAGUCUGGGAGCCCAAGUCCUGUAUUACAGAGCUGAGGUUCAUGGCCCAGCUCUGCUUCCAAUUCCAGCUUCCUGCUGAUAACGUGCACCCUGGGAAGCAAGCUGGCAAUGGCUCAAGUACUACAGCCCACUCAGGAGACCCAGACCGAGUCCCAGGCAUCAGAUGGGUCUUGCCCAGAAUAGACAGUAGACAAAAAUGAGGGUUCUGCCACCUAUAGUGCUUAUGCACAGAGGUCACCUCGUUUCUUGGCACUGGCUUUCACCUACAUUCAGAUCCAACACAGGAAAUGGCAACCACAAGCCUAGGUUUAAUUAGUUCUGUGUCACUUAAACAUUCUGAUGAGCAAUGGCAGCAGCAGAAUGACAUGAUCUAAAAUGUCUACAGCCCCUCAGUCAAACCCUGACCAGUUUAACAAGAAUAUUCUUAGCAGAGGCGUCAAUGAUCUACCUAAUCAAAGUUCCCCACAAACCUGAAGGAAGAUCUGCUGGAGCCUUUCUAUGCAGUUCUUAUACCAUGGUGUCAGUACACUGGUCCCGUCAGUCUCGCACCUCACCAGAUGUUCAGUCAAGAUCAUGAUAAAGCGCUGGAAAGGGUGGACAGGGUUAAAGAAGUGUUAAGAGAGACCAUCGUCCACCAGACACAAACUCAAAACAAGAGGACCUCAAAGGAUUACUUGUUUCCCCGUCUUUAAAUCAUGAGACACCUUCCAUCUAGAAAGGCGGUAAGAAUGUGAGCGGACACAUUUGUUAAAAGUACAUAAAGAGCUUCAAUAUUUAAACUGCUUUUGUGAUUAACAGUAUUUCAUGGCAUCUAUUCUAAGGAAAUAAUCAGAAAUGUUCCGGCAACCUAGGCACAAACAUAUGUCAGGGAAGAAAAAAAGAAGCAUGUAAUAAUCAACAGGGAAUAAUCAUUAAACACGAGGCAAGAGUCCAAGAGAAGCAACCCCGAGCUGCUUUUACAGCAUGGAGAAACACCUCAUGCCACAGUACAAACUGAUAGCACAGCACUCGGGAGACAUGUUGGUGUUCAAGUGAUGAAUACUUAGUCUUUAUAAAUUUUUGUAUUUUAAAACUUAUGUAAAUUAUGUACUUUGUGAUUAAAGAUAUUUUAAAAGAAA